AUGAGUAUUCAGCAAUCGAACACUAAUCCUGUUUUGGCUUACAAUUCGCUGCUGGCACGUCGCCCUCUCUUGACCAAAAUGGUGACCGGGGCAGUUCUCAGUGCUCUGAGCGAGCUGAUAAGCCAAUGCACCACUUUGAACACCCAGACCACGAGUGAAAAGCCCAAAUCAGGGUUGUACAGGCUCAAACAGCUCUUGCUCAUGCCCAAAUACCGUAAAAUGGUGUUCAUGUUGCUGUACGGUGGGCUGGUGAACGCUCCAAUCAAUCAUUACUUUUAUCGCUGGCUCACGCUCCUCACCAGCCAGAAAGUGGGCCCAAAGUGGAGACGUCUCGCACAGCUAUGUGGUUCCUGGUUUGUGAUCAGCCCCAUCCAGGUUUUCGGGCUCAUUACAGCGCUCACGUUGGUGAAUCUAGAUACCAGCAAAGAACACAUUUCUCAAAAAAUCAAGGCCGUUUGGGCCAGUCUGAAGAGCCGUUACGGCCCUAUGCUCACCAGUAGCAUUGUGAGUUCUACGGUGUUCGUUUCCGUGGCCCAGCAGUACAUCUCGACCGAAAAAUGGUCCGUAUUCUUCAGCUUUGCCUACGCAAUGCUCAACACGGGCCAAAACAUAUAUAUGAAGCUGUCACCGGGCCAAACGACAGCUUCAAAAACAUCAGAAAACUUGGAAAGCGAUGAACCGAGGUAA